CCUUGCCUACUUCUGUGGUUUUGUGUUCCAGGGCAAAGGUUGUUUCUCAACCUUGAAUCCUGCUCUUUUUUUUCUCCUUUCCCAACUCUGUUGACUCAACUCUGUGGACUUAGCUCUGUUGCCUUUAUAAGGGAGAAGAUUAGCCCCUCCAGGUCCUAAAGCGCUAAGUGCUUCAGCUGGCUGGCUUCCUGCAAACAGUUUUGUGAACGAGAUCAGAAAGUGAAAGAAAGAUGGCCGAGAUUUCAAGCCUGCUGGCUGCAGUCUCACUCCUCUCUGCCUGUCAGCAAGGUUAUUUUGCUUUCAGGGUCGGACGAGUAAGAUCAAAGCACAAGAUAGCGCCUCCGGCGGUCACGGGCCCUCUGGAGUUUGAGAGGAUAUUUCGUGCACAGCAAAACUGUUUGGAGUUUUAUACCAUAUUCGUCGUAACGCUGUGGACGGCUGGAUGGUACUUCCAUCAAGAUAUUGCAGCCUGUCUGGGUCUCCUGUACAUAUAUGCCCGUCACAAGUAUUUCUGGGGCUACGCAGAAGCUGCUGAGAAAAGGCUCACUGGUUUCCUGCUAAGCCUGGGCGUUUUGACGGUGCUGACUGUCCUCGCUGUCCUGGGGAUAGGAAGCAGAUUCCUGGACGAGUACCUGGACUUUCAUGUUGCCAAGAAACUGAGGAAGCCCUUUUAAGUUUGUCUCUUCCCUUUCAUGCUUGUAGAGGCCAUCACCACUCUGAAAACAACAUGAUGUCAUGUGUUAAAUAAAACUUUGAAGACUUUUA